AUGAGGGGAGCAGGGGCCCAGUCUCAGGUGGGACCAGGGGGCGGGGCCUGCGGCAGGACUAACACCAGCGUGAGGAGUGACCUGCACUCAAAUCACACACGGCACACAGACAGACACCGGAUAACGCUGCUCUAUGACCUGCUGGGACCCACACUGACAGCUUUGAUGUCGUCUGAGGAGCUGAAUGGGACGGUGGCAGAACUGGUCGGGCCGCUCUUCCACCGGGCGCUGUUGUUUAGAGACAACAUGACUAACAUCUCACGCCAUCUCGUAAAUCACCUCCUCACCUUCUCGCUGCAGGAUGGGGAUGUGCAGAGUGUGGAGGAGGCUCUAGCUCGACUUUCAUUUUUGGCUCAAAACAAAAAGUUAUGGAGUCAACAGAUGUUUCUUGACGUCACAUCAGAAUCCAUCGUCCUGCGGGACGUCCAGAGCCAGGAUGAGCUGGAGAAAUACACUUUCAAAUCCAUUCUUCGCUGUGACUCCAAAAGUGAGCGACACUUUCCGUCGCUGCUGCUGCUCGUCUGUCAGAGCUCGGAGCAGAAGAAACCAGACAUCCACUUCUUCAGCUGCGACACGAUGAAGGCAGAGCAGAUCUGUGUGGACAUCUCCCAGGUCCUGUCGGCCUGGGGACGCCGCCGGACCACGAGCUCUGACAGAAGCAUACAGAGCGGAGACAUGAGUGACCCGCUGGACAUCCCCAGCCCUCCUCUCCCCCACGCCCCAAACCCACCGCCGGCCCAGCCUCCACCUUAUCCGGGCCCGAGGGCAAACGGAGUCAACGGCCCCGACUACGCUCUGCUGCGAGCCGAGAGAGAAGUGGGCAUCUUGAAUCACUGCUUUGAUGACAUCGAGAGCUUCAUGGCCAAGCUGCAGCAGACAGCGGAGGCAGCGACAGUCUUGAACCAGAGGAAGAAGAAGAAGAAAAAGAGCAAAAAGCAAAGUGCUGAAGAGGAUCUACUCACGGCCAAAGCCAAGCCUCCGCCUGAAGAGGAGUUCGUGGACAUCUUCCAGAAAUUCAAGUAUUGCUUCAGUUUAUUGGCUCGUUUGAAAUCAACUAUUUCCAACCCGUCAUCGGAGGAGCUCGUGCAUCAUGUGUUCAAACCUCUGGACAUGAUGGUGAGAACGACUGGGGGGCCGACGCUGGGGGCCGCAGUGAGCAGUCCUGCCCUGUCCUCGUCUGCCGUGACUCUGCUGCAGGACACUCUGAGCGAGGAGGAGAGGCAGCUCUGGACCUCUCUGGGGCCCAACUGGACACAGGCACGCGCUCUGUCUCAGCGCUCUGUCACAGAGCUCUGUCUCAGCGCUCUGUCUCAGUGUUCUGUCUCAGCGCUCUGUCUCAGCGCUCUGUCACAGAGCUCUGUCUCAGCGCUCUGUCUCAGUGUUCUGUCUCAGCGCUCUGUCACAGAGCUCUGUCUCAGCGCUCUGUCUCAGCGCUCUGUCACAGAGCUCUGUCUCAGCGCUCUGUCUCAGCGCUCUGUCUCAGUGUUCUGUCUUAGUGCUCUGUCUCAGCGCUCUGUCUCAGCGCUCUGCCUCAGCGCUCUGUCUCAGCGCUCUGUCUCAGUGUUCUGUCUUAGUGCUCUGUCUCAGCGCUCUGUCUCAGAGCUCUGUCUCAGCGCUCUGUCUCAGCGCUCUGUCUCAGCGCUCUGUCUCAGCGCUUUGUCUCAGCGCUCUGUCUCAGCGCUCUGUCUCAGCGCUCUGUCUCAGCGCUCUGUCUCAGCGCUCUGUCUCAGCGUUCUGUCUCAGCGCUCUGUCUCAGCGCUCUGUCUCAGCGCUCUGUCUCAGCGUUCUGUCUCAGCGCUCUGUCUCAGCGCUCUGUCUCAGCGCUCUGUCUCAGCGCUCUGUCUCAGCGCUCUGUCUCAGCGCUCUGUCUCAGCGCUCUGUCUCAGCGCUCUGUCUCAGCGUUCUGUCUCAGCGCUCUGUCUCAGCGCUCUGUCUCAGCGCUCUGUCUCAGCGUUCUGUCUCAGCGCUCUGUCACAGAGCUCUGUCUCAGCGCUCUGUCUCAGCGCUCUGUCUCAGCGCUCUGUCUCAGCGCUCUGUCUCAGUGUUCUGUCUCAGUGCUCUGUCUCUGUGUUCUGUCUCAGUGUUCUGUCUCAGCGCUCUGUCUCAGUGCUCUGCCUCAGUGCUCUGCCUCAGUGCUCUGUCUCAGUGUUCUGUCUCAGUGUUCUGUCUCAGUGUUCUGUCUCAGUGUUCUAUCUCAGUGUUCUGUCUCAGUGUUCUGUCUCAGUGUUCUGUCUCAGUGUUCUGUCUCAGUGUUCUGUCUCAGUGUUCUGUCUCAGUGUUCUGUCUCAGCGCUCUGUCUCUAAGUGCACAUCUACCCAGAGCGAGACGUGGACAUCACACCCAGCCCCCUGUAGCCCCCUGUAG